AGGAGGACAUGCUGAUGGAAGUGAAAGUGUGAAUGUGAAUUUAUCGCUGCGGAAUUGCCAUUUAUUUUCAGGAACAACCCAUGUCCCGCUCCUAAUCUGACAUGGGUACACCGCAAUCAGGAAGCACGAGUUUGCGCGCUCGGUGGAGGCUGUCCCUGCGCGCUCACGACAGCCCACGGGAGCGUGUCACACGCACGCGCGUUACAGAGAGAGCGAGUUGCGUUCGUGCGAGGUGGAGCAUGGCGAGCCCCGGCAAGGAGCACCUGUACAAGGUGCUGGUGAUCGGCGACCUGGGCGUGGGCAAGACCUCCAUCAUCCGCCGCUACGUGCACCACACCUACUCCAACAACUACCGGGCCACCAUCGGCGUGGACUUCGCGCUCAAGGUGCUGCAGUGGGACGCCGAUGAGACGGUGCGCUUACAGCUGUGGGACAUAGCCGGCCAGGAGCGCUUCGGCAACAUGACGCGGGUGUAUUACCGCGAGGCGACGGGGGCGUUCAUCGUGUUCGACAUGACGCGUCCCAGCACGUUCGAGGCGGUGCUCAAGUGGAAGGAGGACCUGGACUCCAAGCUGACGUUGGCCGACGGCCGCGGCGUCGCCACCGUGCUGCUGGCCAACAAGUGCGAGCAGGGCCACGCGCUCCCCGCCAACGGAGUCAAGAUGGAGCAGUUCUGCAGGGAGCACGGAUUCGCCGGCUGCUUCGAGACCUCCGCCAAGGACAACCUGAACAUCGACGAGGCGGCCAACUUCCUGGUGAAGCACAUCAUGGCAAGCGAGCACGCCUUCCUGAGGAGAGCCGCCGCGCCCGAAAUCACACCGAGACUCAACCGACAACCCCGCCAGUCAGACGGAUGCGCCGGAUGCUUCAAGUGACCUGAAGAAGUUUCUCACAAACUCCAUUUUGCACACCUUUUAGUUUCAAAUCCUCUUUUUUUUUUUUUACUUAUUUGCCUUAUUUUAACAACUGACGCAGACGGAACUGUAGAAUAUUUCUUCGAUUGUCUUUCAAUCAUCAGUCACUUUAGUCACAUCAAAAUUCAUAGGAAAUUCUAAUUUCAUAAAACGAAAAACAAUGCUGACGGAACUGUGUGUGUGUGUGUGUGUGAGUGAGUGAGAGAGAGAGAGAGAGGGGAAGAUUUUAAUCAUUUAAAAAAAUGAAUGUUUGAACAAUGAUGCCCAUUUUAGUUCUAUUAUUUCUCUUGGACUUUUUAAAAACAAUGAUGUAGUCACUUUUUUUCAGCAGAAAAGUCGCAGUAGUACAAGAAUAUAGUACUUUUUUUUCAAGUAAUAAGUCACACAUUUCCAAGACAAAAAAAACAAUAUUGUGAAAAGGAAGUGAUAUUUUUUAAUAGAUAAAAAGAAACACUUUGAAGAUGUGCAAAUAAGGAUUGUUUAAAGGAAGUAUAAUACUUUAUUGUGAAGUUUAAAAAAUAAUAAAAUAAAACAUUUUUGGGGAUAGUUUAAAAUUUGUUUAUACUAACUCAAAGUUUGUCAUUGUUAAAAGAUACUUUUUAAUGGGUUAGAAUUUGUUGUAAAACUGAAAAUGUCAAGAUAAAUUAUCUUAAAUAUUGUUUUUGUAACUGUGAUAAUUUUAAUCCGCAUAAUUUACAUUUCUUAAUAUAAAUGUAUUUUUUAAAAUUGAGACAGUAUAAAACAAUUUCUGAGGCUUUAAACUGUUUUGCAGUUGUACUAAUGUCAUGGCUGCUGUGUGUGUGUGUGUUUUACUGUUUGCAGCAUUAGGACACUAAAUGGCUAAAACAGUGUGUCAUGCGUGUCCCACACAUACAUUAAGUCACAUCAUAUUUCUCCAAAUAUACAAUUUAUUUAUUUUGUUGUUUUUUUUUUUACAUUAAAUAAAAAAAAAUUUUUUUUAA